AAGUUAAGAGAAGAGGGCAGCACACGGUCAAAUGUCUCAUUAGAAUCUUCAGGGUUCCUAGCGCGGGAGUUCUGAAGUUGGUUUUGUAAACUGACUUUGUUUGACACCGUAAUUAGCGGUCAAAGUGUUACUAUUUCCUAGCAUUCUAUAAACCAAACAAGGCCACUACAUACUUUAAUCAUGUCAGCAGUCUCCUUUGCUUUCUCUGAUGACCUUUAUGUCCCAGGUAUAAUAUUAUGCAUGUCGGUUGCAUUGCAUGGAUAUAUAGGAAGUUCUGAACCCAGAUUAAUAGUGCCGAUCCCCAGAAGAUAUAGUACUACUCCAGUCAGUUGCAUUGUGGGCUCGACACAAGAAUCAUGUUGGCAUCUUUUCUAUCUUUUCCUUUUGGAAUUAAAAAUCCUCGCAGAUCAGAAGCAGCUUGCAGAUGCACAUAUAUAGCUAAGCUUAAUUUGCAGACUCGAUCGAUUAGCACCAGAUACAUACAGGCAAGGCAUCACCAUGGUCUCUGCCUCUAUGGCGGCGCCAAAGCUCCAACUCCUCUCCCUCCUGCUAGCUUUCCUGCUGUCCAUGGCAUUUCUGCAAGCCACCGCCAGCACGAGUAGUGGUGUUGGCGGCAAUGUCCAGCUGAUCCUGGUGAACAACUGCGCCGAAUCGAUAUGGCCUGGCCUGCUGGGCACCGCCGGCCACCCGACGCCGCAGUCCGGCGGCUUCCACCUGGCCCCGCGCGACGAGACCGCCUUCGACGUGCCUCCGGGCUGGUCGGGCCGCGUGUGGCCCCGCCGCGGCUGCUCCUUCGACGCCCGCGGCCAGGGCAGCUGCGCCACGGGCGACUGCGGCGGCGCGCUCCGCUGCGGCGGCUGCCCCGGCGCGACGCCCGCCACGGUGGUGGAGAUGACGCUGGGCACCCCCAGGUCCCCGCUCCACUUCUACGAUGUGUCACUGGUGGACGGCUUCAACGCGCCGGUGUCCAUGUCCCCCGUGGGCGGCGGCGCCGGCUGCGGCGUGGCCGGCUGCCAGGCGGACCUCAACGCCUGCUGCCCGUCGGCGCUGGAGGUCAGGGACAGGGAGGGGAAGGUGGCCGGCUGCCGGAGCGCGUGCGGGGCCAUGGGAGGCGACCGCUACUGCUGCACGGGGGACUACGCGUCGCCGGAGAGGUGCCGGCCCACCGUGUUCGCGCGCGUCUUCAAGGCCGUCUGCCCCAAGGCCUACAGCUACGCCUACGACGACGCCACUUCCCUCAACCGAUGCAAGGCCAGACGCUACCUCAUCACCUUCUGCCCGCCGCCAACGUCCAGGAAAUAAUUAACGUACUCGUUCAGAAGAUCUAGUUACUAUCUAAAGAACAUACAUACUAGUAUCUACUGGAGUAUGUAGUAUCCCAAAUUCCGAAUCCAAAUCAUGCAUGCAUCUGGUAUGUGUCCUUAACACUCAUUCAGUCAGGUAACUUAAUAUACUUGUGUUAAUAACA